CCCCAAACCAAACUUGAAAACCACCGAUAGACGGUUGGUUUACACUUGCAAACCCCCAAUUUUCCGCUUAACGAAUCGUAAGCGAUAAGCAAGAGCUGGUGUAAAUGUAAUACAAGCAUGUCAGCCCAAAGACUUGUCGGUACAAUCUUCCUUAUUGUAGCUGCAGUCAUUUAUCGCUUCAAUGAAGAGAACAAAACAGCCUUGUUUAUCAUGUGGAUGUACAUUCUCUUUGGUGUGGCUGCGAUGAUCCAUUUCCAGCCCAAACAUCUCGAUUUGAAGGGGAAGGCAGUAUUUGUGACUGGCUGUGAUACAGGUCUAGGAUAUGAGCUUGCAAAAGCUUUAAAUAAACUUGGUUGCAUUGUGUUUGCUGGAUGCUUGAAGCCAAAUGGGCCAGGUGCCCAAAAGUUGAAAGCUUGCACAACCGACCAGUGUCAUAUUCUACAUCUUGAUGUUUCCAAUGAUGAAAGUGUUGAGAAGGUGAUUAAAGUCAUUAGGGAGAAAUCAGAUGGAGAAUUAUGGGCCGUUGUGAACAAUGCUGGUAUCAAUGCAUAUGGUGACACAGAGUUGUGUACGAUGGAUAUGUACCGAAAACAGACUGAUGUCAAUCUGUUUGGGACAAUCAGGGUGACUAAAGCUUGUCUCAAGAUGAUAAGGAAGGCUAAAGGCCGGAUAGUAAAUGUCACUGGUGUAAAAGGACUUGCAGGAUUUCCUCUUAGUAGUGCAUGCAGCGUCUCGGCAUAUGGUGUGGAGGCGUUUUCAGAUAUUCUUCGAGUCGAAAUGAAAAGAUGGGAAGUCCCAGUCGUAGUGGUAGAGCCAUCUAACUUUGAGGGUAGAACUAAUCUUCUAAAAAGUCCAACACAUGGGAAGGGUUUUGAAGAAGAAUUGACAAAUAUAUGGGAUGCCAUGGAUGAAGAACUUAGGGAAGAUUAUGGUAGAGAAUAUCUUGAUGCUUACAAAAAGGAUCUUGAAUCUCAAGCCACAAACACUCAUCCUGAUCUUGAUCCCGUCCUGAAGAAAAUAGUGGAGGCUGUAGCAGCACAGUUUCCAAGGGAACGUUAUUUGAUCGGAGCUAGUAGUGGAAUAUAUGAACUUUUUACAUUUGAUAUGUAUAAGGUCACUGCCAAGUUAAACCAAUGGUUACCAACUGAGAUAACAGACUUUAUCAUGGAGUAUAACUUCCUUAGUGCAUUACCCCUUCCAAAGGCUUUACAGAAAGAUAAGAAGAGGGACUGAAUUGACAAUAAGGAUUCCGAUGAUUGCAUUUUAAAGAUACACCAACGCAUUCCCCAAUAGUGGCGUGACCCCCAUAAUCAACAAUAUUGUAAACCCCUUAAUAUAGCUCAUUGUAUUUCUGAGAGGGUAGACCCAACUUAAUGAUUGUGUCUUUGAAAAAUGCAUCCAUUCCCAGAAAGAAGCCGGGGAAAAUCUGAAACGGAAGAAAAUAAAGGGGUUUACAGAAUCUGAAAUUGAUUGUAAGGAGGUAUAUGAAUGAAGUGUCAUUGAGAUAUCAUUGGUGCUGUCAGAUAUUCAGAAAAUAUUCUGUUAGUACUUUCUCCCAGGUCCCUCCCACUUGUUGUAACAUCAGUCAGCCGUGUUAGAUACCGGGUAAGCUUUAUUAAGAGAGGCAACAAUUAGAAUGUGGUAAAAUGAAUAACAAAAAUCUUCAGAAUGUACUUAUUGCUAUAUGGCUGUUGUAUUCAAGGAACCACGCUUACUUCAGUGUGCUUUUACUCUAGAAUAUUAUUCAUUUGAUGUGUUGUUGGUAAAUGUGUCAUGAUAGUUUGCUUUGGCAUUGAGAAAAAGGUUACUUCAAUGAAUGAAUUUGGUAGAGAACAACCAGGAAAUUUAGUUCUUUGUAUCCCCACCAGUAUCAAGUCUAUCAUCCGAAGAAACGUGUUUUUACCCAGGACUCGAACUCGGGCCAUUGGCGUACUCCAUUCCAAUCACAGUGCUUUCAGUAAUGGUCUCACCAAUGAAAUAGACAAGUAAGUCAUUGUGUUUUCAACUUUCCAGAGUUGUAAUUGAUUGUCACAUGGUGUAUGUUUGCAGUGUGUAAAUGGCAUUUAUUUAUAGAAUAAAAAUGUGUAUCAUUUUA